CGACAUAGAGAGCAAAAACAGUUUCGGUCUUAUUAUUAUCAUUCGCUCCAUCUGAUUUCAAUUCAACGUCUUGACUCUUUGAUCCAGCGAUCUAUCUUUAUUUUAAGCAUUUCCUUUAAUAUCCGCCGCGGUUGUCUUCUCAAACCAUUCAUUCACCAGGUAAAGGUUUUACAGAAAAUUCCAACGAUCAUCUCAUUCAUACAUUAUUAUUUUUAUCGCUGACCUGGUACCGUUUCUUUUGAACCCAAUUUGGCCAUGUCAGGAUUUCUUCGACUUCUCAGUUCACGUGUGAUUGAAACUGCGUUCGUUUGACUGUUCGAUUUCUCCGAAGUGGCACGGAAACUGACAACUGAGUAUCAGAGAUCAACACAAAAAGCUCGUCAUCACUACCAUCCUUGUUCCUUUAUCGGAAGGUUAAGUUUUUCUCUACUGCUGGCGACAUGGGGUGCUAUGCUAGCAAGAAUGUAGAUUCAAAGGCCAGCAGAGUUGCUCGAUGGCAAGCAACUGGCAUUGUGGCCUUGCAAGACUCAAAGUUGAAGGCAUUUCCUGAUGAAGUUCUUGACCUGGACAGAUCUGUCCGUACCCUUGAUUUAACUCACAAUAAAAUAGUUGAUAUUCCUAUGGAAGUCUGCAAAUUAAUAAACAUGCAGCGCCUGGUAUUGGCAGAUAACCUUAUUGAGCGUCUACCAAUGAAUUUGGGGAAGCUUCAAUCUCUAAAGGUUAUGAUACUUGAUGGAAAUCAAAUUACUGCAUUACCUGAUGAAUUGGGUCAGCUAGUAAGGCUUGAACGUUUAUCUGUCUCCCGAAAUUUGCUAUCAACCUUGCCUGAAACCAUUGGAAGCUUGCGGAAUUUAUCGCUUAUCAAUGUGUCAAACAACAAGCUAAAAUCUCUUCCAGAAUCAAUAGGGAGUUGCUUCUCACUAGAAGAAUUGCAAGCAAAUGAUAAUCUCAUGGAAGGCCUUCCCUCAUCUUUGUGCAAUCUGAUUCACCUGAAGUCGUUGUGUUUAAAUAAUAACAAUAUUGGUCAGUUACCAUCAAAUCUGUUGAAAGAUUGCAAAGCAUUGCAGAAUGUAUCUUUGCAUGGUAAUCCAAUUGUAAUGGAUCAAUUCCAGCAGAUGGAAGGAUUUGAGGAAUUUGAAGCUAGGAGAAAAAGGAAAUUUGACAAGCAAAUUGAUUCCAAUGUCAUGAUUAGUUCCAAGGGCCUUGAUGAGGGUGUUGAUCUAUAAAAUCAUUGCACUGCCUUUACAAAGAAUUAUUGAAUGGAGAUGCUCUGCUUGUUUGCUUGUUGGUAGCUGUAAAUUCAAAGGGAAUGGAAGAAUUUUUAUAUGGUGACUUCAGACUGGAACUGGGGGACUGUUGUGAAAUGUUUUGAUGCAAAAUAAAAUGUAUACAGGAGAACUCCAAUACAGUAGAUUUGUGUGUAUAGAAUGGAAGCCUUUUUACUAGUCUAUUUAUAUGUCUACUGUCAUUUGGCAGGCUUGUAUAAAAUUUGGAAUCCAAAUUAAUGGUAAAUUGGGCUGAGGGAGGUCCAAUGCUAUAUAUUUACAGGGAUUGUAUUUCCAUAUAUGGUAUAGAAAUUGUAAUACUUGAGUUUCGGUA